UCCAACCUCGACUAUUAAUCCCAGCAAAGCUCACCACCACCACCCCGCCCUGAAUAACGUCUUUACGCAACAUUAAUCGGGCAGCUCGCAUUCAUCAUGUUUCGAAACAACUACGAUAACGAUUCCGUUACCUUCUCGCCCCAGGGCCGGAUAUUCCAGAUCGAGUAUGCUGCUGAAGCAGUGAAGCAAGGUUCCGUCGUUGUCGGUAUUGCCAGCAAGACUCACGCUGUAUUGUGCGCUGUCAAGCGAAACGCCGAGGAACUCUCAUCUUACCAGAAGAAGCUCUUCACCGUCGACGAACAUGCUGGUAUCGCAAUCGCUGGCCUUACCUCCGACGCCCGCGUUCUUUCCAACUUCAUGAAGCAACAGUGCCUCGGCCACCGACUCACCUAUGGCCGUGCCAUCCCCCUCCGAUCCCUCGUCGACAUGAUUGGUGAGAAGGCCCAGAUGAACACGCAGAUGUACGGCAAGCGACCAUAUGGCGUCGGUCUCCUAGUUGCUGGCGUUGACGAGCGCGGUCCCCACCUGUUCGAGUUCCAGCCCUCAGGCAUGACAGAGGAGAUGCUUGCUUUCGCCAUUGGCGCACGAAGCCAAAUGGCCCGAACAUACCUUGAGCGCAAUAUUGAUGCCUUUGCCGACUGCUCGAAAGAAGAGCUGAUUCAGCAUGGCCUCAAGGCCUUGAAGGAGAGUCUGGUCCAGGACAAGGAGCUUUCAGUAGAGAACACAUCAGUCGGCGUGGUGGGCAUCAACACAGUGGACGGCAAGAAGAAGGUCGAGCCAUUCAAGUUGUACGACGGAUUCUCGGUGCAGCCCUGGAUUGAAAGCGUUGGUGAGAACCAAGGCGGCGCAGAAGAAGGUGAGGGAGAAGGUAUGGACGUUGACAGCUAAACUUGCCACGAAUUAAGGUGCGAAAUACGGCGUCGGUAUAGAUCAUGUAGUAUUAUGCGCUGCAGAAGCAGCUUUUCAUGAAUCUUAAUCAUUCGAGAUCAAAGCAAGCGGUUAGGCAGGUUGGAUAACAACCGACAGACUUUAUGCUAAAGAGCUUAAGUUAAGUAA